AUGCCAGACGUAACGCCGUUAUUCAAAAGGUACGUGGGUGUCUUCUUGGAAGACUCAGUUGUCGGUACUAGAGCUGAGGGUUCAGUAUAUUCCAAACCAUCCCGGAAGUACCUUGUCCAGGAUACAUUCGUCAAAGAGUGUUUAGACUUACUCAAACACAUUUUGGAGCUUCAAAAAGUUGUUUCAUCUAUCAAGAGUCAAUAUGAAAGUGAAUCCGAACUUUCCGAACGUGAGAAGAACGAUUUCGAUACCGAAGUCAGGCUGUUGAUACAACAAUACUUCGACAAGCUCAAGUUUUUGGAAAAAUACGAGAAGAAGCGUCAAGAUGUGAUACAGAGACAAUACUUUGGGGACUCGGAAGGAGACCUUAUGUCUUUAUUCCGCCACAGAGAUGAAGGGCUUGCGUUGUUCCACUCUACGAACAAUAAGCAUAGAAGCGGAAUUCUACAGUCCCUAAGCAUGAUUCUAUCCUCUAUAUUCUCUGGCAUUUCCCGAAUGCAGCAACAGCGACUUUUGCGUCAGAAAGAGCUGGAAUCUAUUGACUUUAACGCACAGCUAUACAACCCUAUACAGAGUAUGGUGGCUUCCGUGUCUCAAUCACCGCCGAUUGAAACGACCGAAGAAGAAGUUCAGCAAUAUGAGGAGACUAUCGGCAAACUAUCUCAGCAACAACUCCAAAUCCUCGAGACGGAGCACGAUGAACUUCUGAAUAUUAAGAAACAAGAACUGCAGAAAGUCGAGAAUCUUAGCAAAACAAUGGUACAAAUCACUUCUUUACAAAAUGAAAUUGGAACACAUCUCCAGUCUCAGACACAAAACAUUUUCACUUUACUCGACAAUCACGACGAUGUGGAGCUGGAUAUAAAGCAAGGCAAUCGGCAGCUCAAGAAAGCUCAAAAGCGCAGUGGUAAAUCUGCCAAACUCAUAAUUUAUUUGUCUAUCUUCUUCGGCAUUUUAAUUCUUUGCCUGGACUUUAUAAAUUGA